AUGGAUGAAGAACUUAUAAUUCGUGACAGACUUGCGGUGGAAGAGCGUACUCUUCGUCGAGUCACUCGCAAACAUGCAACCUUCAUCAGUUUCCUGGAACAAGGAAACCUUAAAGAGGCAAGACAAAAUUAUAAUGAGUUCUUGGUUGAUUUUUCAACCUAUGAACUUUCUCUUGCCCGAUUUCAAAUUAUUCAUGACAUGAAUAUUCGAGAAGCACGACAUUGGGAAGGAGAAGCCAAGAAGAUUGAAAAGGAAAUCGAGGAGAUUAAAAAAGUGAUCGAAAAGUUGGAGAAGGAAUUAAAAGAGGAGGAGGAAAUACGCAAGAAUAAAGUAGAAUACGAUCUCUUGGCUACAGAAAUCAACGAACAUCAAACGAGAGAUGAAUCGAUAGAAGAAAUAAUCGUAUUAGAUGAUGAAAUUAAAUCACUCGAAGAAAAAGAAAAAAUAAUUGACGAAAUUAUGAAGCGUAGAUAUUCACAAAUUGAACGAAUUUUGUCCGUGGUUUCAGAAAUACAAACUGAAAUUCAGGUGGACCACGAACAAUAUAGAUCUAUUCUUGUCGAUAAUGAAGAACUCGUUAUUACGCCUGAAUCCGUAAGAAGUGAAUUCGCAUCACCUAUGGGUUCCCCGAUUCCCCCUCCUCCGGAAAUUAUUCCACAAGUCAAUGGACUUAAUGGAACAAGUGAAAAUGUUCAAAAUGAAAAUAGUGUUUCGGAUGUUGAUAAUUCACCUAAUAAUGGUCAAAUGGCUAAUGGGACUGAAAGAAUGAUAACUCCCCAAAGCAAUGAUGAUUCUGAUAUAAUUCACAUGAACUGUGAUGAUAAUUCCCUAUUAUAUAGGGAAAUUGCAUCGGAUAAAGAAAACGUCUCUUCACCUUCCAAUGAAGUUAUAGACAAUUCACGAAAUGAUGAGGAGACGAUGCAUGAUAAUUUUAAUGAGGAGGGGGCUAUUGAUGGUGACGAUGAACAAAGUGUUGUAGAAGAUUUAGGUGAGGUUAUCGAGGAGGAAAAUAAUGCAUAUAUACCUGAGGAGGAGAUCGAAGAAGUUGGUGAUAUAGCAGUAAGUGAGGAAAACGAAAGAAGAUCUGAUUCUCAUGAGAGGGAAGAAGAAGAUAAUGCUGAUAUUCCUAUUGUGGAUGAAGGAGAGAUUGUAGAAGACGUAGAGGAGAUAGAAUAUAACAUAAACAAUAAUAAUAGGAAGAGAAAGCAUGAGCAUAAUAAUGAUGACAUUGAAGGAGAUUCUACAAACGGAAGAAAGCGGCUCUUGGAAGUUAAAGAUGACAAAGAAGAAGAAGAGAAACAAAAUGGAAAUAGACAUUCUUCUAUUGUAUUCUGA